AUGGAUGGUGCGGAUCUGGCCAGUUUUGGUGGCAUCGCUGCAGCCAAUGCCAGGCUACAGACGUUAGGUGCCAUUCCAGAGAAUAUUGGGUUAAAAGGUGGUGGAAAUCCUGACCCAAAUAAAGCAAAAAAUCCUGAGUCAAAAGAAGAUGGAAAUACUGGGUCAAAAGCUCUUGAAAAUCCCAGAAAUCCCUUGCCAGAAGAUGAUAAAGUUGUCAAGCCAAAAGUUAUAAAUGUUGUUCAACAAGCUUCUGAACCGCCAAGCGAGAAGAAACCAGCUGAUCCGUCAGUGCCUAAAGAGCCUUUUGAUUCUAAAUAUCAACUCUUGGAGGAUGAAGUGCUUGGGGAAGGUUGCGGUGGCAGAGUGUACAAAGGGAUCCGUAUAUCUGAUGGCACUCCGGUUGCCAUCAAGCAAAUAAUCAAACAAAAGAAUGAAAGGACUCUUCAGAUUCCUGGAUACCCCAAACCACUUAUUACAGAAGUGGCGCUGAUGCUUAAGUUAAGAGAUGCGCCCUUUUGCCCCAAUGUCAUACAGAUGUAUGACUGGUACGAGACUAAACACUUUUACACGCUCGUGUUGGAGUACCCACUGCACAGCGAAUCCUUGUUGAAAUUUGUUCAGCAUGAAGAAAAACUAAGUGAAAAUACAGCAAGACAUCUCAUGCGUCAGGCGGUACUGGCAGUGCAACACUGUCUGGAUAAUGGAGUUUUCCACACCGACAUCCAACCCGGAAACUUCUUGGUACAAAAAUCAACAAUGAGCCUGAAGUUAAUUGACUUUGGGCUUGGACAUUAUCUGACGCAUGAUGAUGCCUAUGAUUCCUAUGACUUUAUGGGAGCUUCAUGUUGGACCCCGCCUGAGAUCGAAACGGCUAAGAAAUUCCACGGCGUGCCAGCAAACGUCUGGGACUUAGGUACUGUGCUGUACUUCAUGGUGCUUGGAUCUUUGCCCUGUCUUUUAAACGACUUUAAUUCCGGGAAUCUGGAGACAAAUGAGAAGGAUUUAUCAAAGGAAAUCUGUGAUCUGUUAAGAUGGUGCCUGGCCCUGAAUCCAAGUGAUCGUCCGACGCUCAAGCAGAUCUUACAUCAUGACUGGUUUAAACUAAGUCUGACGAAGAAGAGCUACUCGUAUACAAAAUGAGGGCACUAUCCACACAAUUAUAAAAAGUAUGAAGCUGAAUGACUGAAGGAGAGGGGAAUGGAGUUUGGAGUUUGAAGGAGGUUGUAUUUCAGACUUCAUGAACACAGACCGCUGGCUGACUUCUGAUGCAGAUCCUGUCUCAUCCUUGAACACAUUAAAAAAAUGUUUUAAUUCUUAAUGUUUUUAUAUUUUAAAGUUGUAAAAUAAAGUAUCUAAUAUAUAGUAUGUCCUCUAUAGAAUCAGCUAUGUCUGGCUCUCUCUAGGGUUUUUUCUCCUAGGAGUUUAGGGAGUCAGGUUUAUUAAUGUAAAGCUGCUUUGAAAUAAUUAAACAAUUGUGAAAAGUGCUACAGUAUAAAAUUGAAUUGAAUAUGGAAGACUUUUCUUUAGCAGAUGUUUUCAUUUGCUUUUUUACUUGAUCAAACUGAUUAACUUGGGUUACUUAUGUACAUGUUUUUCAUAUGCAAUAUCAAACCCUUGACCUUGGUAUAAAAUACUGGGAGUUAACGUAGUAAAUCCAAUCAGACACAAUGUUAAACCUGAUGCUGUUUUAACCCAAAUAAAUAAGUACACUUGACCUAAACCUUAAAAUAUACCCUUCAUUACUCUGUGUUCUAGUUUAAUUUGCAUGAUUUCUCUCAAUCAUCAAGAUAUUUUGAUUAACUUAUUUUAUUUAAAUCUGUGGAUUUGAA